CAGGUAUAUGGUAGACGGCGGGUUCUCUUGGGCACGGGAUCCUAAGUCACUCAUUUUUAUCUUUAUUCUCUUACUUAUCAGAUUUCGUCUCUAAAAUUAUGAUCCCUCCAUCAUUCCGUUCUCUUACUGCGGUCAAAGAUCUUUUAUUUAUCUGGAUCAACUCUUUGUAAAUCAGUGGCGAUUGACGAGUUUCUAGUUAUCGCGGUUCCCGAGUCAUGGCCACCGGCUCGAAGAAUCCAGUGGCCCAAUGCUUGAUCACUUUCGUAAAUGACGAUAAACCUGGGCGGAGAUGUCUCCUUUUUCCGAUGUGCAGUGUAUUUCGUAAAUAGAACACUUCUCAGGUCAUGAUAUUUAGAAUGUUGUGUGCAAAAAUGCGGCGAAAGAAGCUCUUUCUUCUUUUUCUAUUCUGCGUCGCUCUUGGAGUAUGGUUUCUUAUAGACUACGAAGUGUGGUUAAGUAAGAGAUGUUGGACGUCGAAGUGUAAAAAAUCACAGGGGCAAGAUCGACAAGAAUACGACGAUCUUGAAGAUCUUACACUAGAAAGAAUAGAAAAUGUGCUUCUGAUUCCAAAUCCAGUGAGGGGCAUUAGGAACAUAUCCAAUGGUAGUACAUGUACACUACCCAACUUGGACCCUUUUGAAGUGUCUGUCAGCCAUCUUAUUCAAGACUUAGGAAGAAAUGCUAACUGCCAAGGACCAGACUUACACUUUACCAUCAGCAGUAGGGGAAACUUAGUGUUAAGAAAGAAAGAAUAUAGGUCUGCAAUCAAUUUAAGAACAGUCGAAUUAAGAUACAUUAGUAGACCAAAUAAUGAUGAUGAUUCAUAUGAUACCAGUGAUGAAGUGUUACCAUUUCAAAAGAAAGCAGACAAAAAAUACAGAAAAAUGACUGGAGACUUCAUAAAUGUGAACUAUGAGCUCAAGAAAGAGCUAGAAAAUCAAAAUCAGUUUUUUGCGCGAGUUGUUCCAAAGGAAAACGUUUUGCAAAGGUCAAAGGAGCUCUUGAAAAAAAAUCCUGCAGGACUUCCUCUAAAUAUUCUGAUAUUUGGCUUUGAUUCUACGUCUCAUGCAAUGUUUCAACGAAAACUUCCAAGAACGGCUGUCUAUCUUCAGAAUAAACUGAAAGCUUAUAUAUUUAAGGGAUAUUCUGUGGUGGGAGAUGGUACGACGCCUAUUCUUACAGCAUUAUUAACUGGAAAAUUUGUGGGCGAGUUACAAAAAAAUGAACAAGGAGGAUCGAAGAGAACAAAUUAUUUGGAUGUUUGGCCAUGGAUAAUGAAGGAUUACGAAAAACACGGAUAUGUAUCUCUUUACGCUGAAGAUGACCAACGAAUAGCUACGUUUAAUAUUCGUUUAAAGGGUUUUAACAAGCCUCCAGCGGACCAUUACAUGAGGCCUUUCUGGUUGGCUUUGGAAGAUCAUAUCCUUCGAAAAAUGAAGCGAAAGAAGAAGUUUCCUCACAAUAAUCUGGCCUGCCUUGGCUCUGAGCCUCUUCACAACAUAACACUCGAUUACUUGUUUAGUAUGUAUAAUGCCUACCCCACCACACCAAAGUUUGGAUUCGCCUUCAUGUCGUACCUCUCACACGGCAUCCCAGAGCAACUCAGCUAUGCAGACAACGACAUCGUGGAAUAUUUGAAGCGCUAUGAAAAGAUACGUAAUAACACCGUACUCAUUCUUCUAAGUGACCAUGGCACUCGUAUAGGCCCCCUUCGAAACUCCAUGCAAGGUAGCCUGGAGGAACGACUACCAUGGCUCUCUAUCGUACUUCCAGAAUGGUUUGAAAAGAAGUACCCAGAUAUGGCUGACAAUAUGAAAAAUAACCAACAUUUAGUCACUAGUCCUUUUGACGUCCAUGCAACAUUACGUCAUUUUCUAUCUUUUCCGAAAGAAGAUCCUGGACAAAUGACUCAAAGUCUCUUUUCUAAAAUUGACAAGCUUCGACCAUGCGCAAAAGCAGGUAUCGAUUACCAUUGGUGCCCGUGUCUCAAAUGGCAUCCCAUCUCAGUGAAAGCAGAUGAAGUACUUGCCUCUGCUAAAUCUGUCGUGCAGAAAAUUAAUGACAACAUUUCCAAAAGAGACUUGUCUUUUUCUCAGUGCUCACCGCUGGAAUUAACUAGAGUUGUCUACGCUGCAGAACUCGAAUCAGAAAAAACGGGAUCUGAAUACUUGCUCAGUCCGAUCAAAAAUGGCCGAAUGCGUCGUCAUAAGGUCCCUAGUGGUAGAAGACUCCAGAUUGUUCUAGAAACCUCUCCUCUGAAAGGCACUUUCGAAGCUACAGUUACAGUUCGUAAAAACGGUCGAGUUGUCGUAAACCCGCAUAUAAGUAGGACAAGUGUUUACAGUGAUAACCCGCAUUGCAUUGUGGAUACUUUACCGGAACUUAGGAAAUUCUGCAUUUGUUAUGAUAAACUUAAUAACAAUAACAAACGGUAACACAUGGUGAAACUCUACUGGAAGGGACCGCUACAAUUUCUAAUACAUAGUGUUUCGUUAGAAAAUGGAUGAUUUUUWAAGAUUCUUCUUUUUCAAAGUUAUUUGCAUGUCAGGGGGUGCUCACCCACUCCACCCCCCAGAUGGGUGGUUUGUCCCGAUCAUGAAUGAUGCACCCRCUAUUCUAAAAAAAAAACCUGUCCUGCUCCUGUAUAUUACAAAUCACUUUAUGAGCCAAUCAGAAUUAAGGAAUUAUAUUCGAUUUCAUUCAUACCUCUGUUCAAAAAUUUCUCAACCAGACAUAUUCAAGAAAAAUCGAUUAGGCUGCGUUCAUAGUGUAUGGCAGAGGGGGGCACUUGAAAUUGAGAGGGGAUCGGUAAAUUUUUGGUAGGAAAAAGGGGGGAUGGACAAAUUUUUAUCAGAAAAAUGGGGGGGAUGCAAAAUUUUUGAAGAAGCUACAAGCCUUGCUUAGGGGGGAUCAUAUUUUUUUGCAUGGGGGGCGUUAAGAAUUAUUUGGGACAUUUCAAAUUUUUACCUCACCCCCCCCUCUGCCAUACAUUAUGAGCGCAGCCUUAUACCAUACUAUUUGAAACUUUGUACGGACUACAAAUUAAUUUGGGAUAGUUAAUAUAAAUCUGAUUGCGAAAUUCAAAGUUCAAGAUAAAUAGAUUAUCGUGUAAUUAUUUUACAUUAUAAAAUAUUUGAAAUAUAACGGGCGCGCUGAUUGGCUGGCUACCAUGUUUAUAUCAGAGGACACGCUCGAGCAAAAUCGUCCUAAGAUAUUUUAUAAAAGAAAUAAAAAACGCCUGCUUAUGUCUCUUUACGGUAAUAUAAACACUCUGGGAACUGUAGAGCACUCGAGAAGCAAGAGAAACACUUGGCUACGCCUCAUGUUCCUAAGCUUGCUUCUCGCUCUACAGCUCCCAGCGUCUUUAUAUCAGAGUACAUCUAAAAACAAAUAUGGCAGUGAUUUUAUGAUCAUGAAAUAUUCAUCCGUAUCCAUUGUAUGAAAAUCCCAGAAAUUAUAUAUUUGCUAUAUCUACAUAAACAAAAUAUUCAACAAACA